AUGUCGGCUACAAGCGAGCGACGUGAGAUCGUUAUCGUCGGGGGAGGUAUUAUCGGGUGCUGCUCAGCAUACUACUUGACGAGACACCCUUCGUACGAUCCUGCACGCCACUCGAUCACUCUCGUCGAGGCCACUGAGAUUGCUGGUGGAGCCUCAGGGAAGGCCGGGGGUCUUUUGGCCUUGUGGGCAUAUCCGAGCAACAUUGUUCCGUUAAGUUACAAGUUACACGCCGACCUAGCGCUUGAACAUGGCGGUAAGGAGAGAUGGGGGUAUCGCGAGGUCGGCUGCGGCCAGGUGGUCGCGCGCGGUCGUCCGCUUGAUAAAAAGACAUCGAAUGGGGAAACGGGGGAGUCGGUUUCCCUCCAGAAGCGAAGCGCAGCUUCUCUCUCCAAGCUGAGAUCAGCUGGUGUUCCAGGGGAUCUGGACUGGCUGGUGCCGGACCUGUUGAGAGGGUAUGAUAGCAUGAGUCCGCCCGGUGAGACAGCCCAAGUCCACCCCUACCUCUUCACCACUUCCAUCGCCAAUCUCGCUGAGGAAAAGGGAGCGAAGAUCGUCAUAGGUUCUGUGACCGACAUUGUGCGCUCACCCGACGGUGUUGAGUCAGUAUCCUACACUGACAAGAAGACCGGGUCCUCGGUAUCCAUCCCAGCAACUGAUGUCGUCGUCGCCGCGGGGCCCUGGACAAAAUCGGUCUUUCCACCGGCUCCCAUCUCGGGGACCCGCGCCCACAGCGUAGUCAUCCGUCCGACCAGACCAGUGUCCGCCCAUACCCUUUUCACCAACAUCGAAAUCCCGGCCAAUUUCCACUCUGACAAGUCGUCGCGCCCAACCGUGGCCACGCCUGAGAUCUACGCUCGACCAGACAAGACAGUGUAUGCCUGCGGUGAAGGCGACCACGAAGUGCCUCUCCCAGAUACAACUGCCGAUGUCCAGGUGGAUCAAGCACGCUGUCAGGAUAUCAUUGAUCAGGUCGGCAGCAUUUCAGAUGAGCUACGAGACGGGGAAGUCACGGCGCGCCAGGCCUGUUAUCUCCCCAACGUCAGUGCUGCCAGAGGCGGACCAUUGGUCGGCCACACAGGCAUCAAGGGGCUCUACCUCGCUGCCGGCCACACCUGCUGGGGGAUCCAGAACGCCCCCGGCACCGGUAAGCUAAUCAGUGAGUUUGUCUUCGACGGCAAUGCGAAGAGCGCCAAGAUCGGUUCCCUGGACCCCAGAAAUUUCCUCUGA